AUGAAGCGGACGCUGUCGGGUCCGAGACCCCUGGACGUAGCACAGGCGUCUGCCUUGAUGGGGGCCGAGGAGACGGCUGAGGCCGUGGCCUCGGAGGGCGCCUACUAUCUGGAGCAAGUUACUAUAACUGAACCAUCGGAAACUGAUUAUCAAUAUGAGGAGGUAUCAGAACAAGAUGAUCUAAGUAUUCCAGAAGGUGAUGAAGAUUUGACUAAAGCCCUUGCGAUGGUUGAAGAAAAGAAUAUAGAUAGGAAGCUUUUGGCUUCUAAAGUAGCUCUCCCGCCUAAGCAAUCAUUGGCUGAAGUACCUGAAGUGGUGGAAGACUUUCUCUGUAAUUUUCUCAUCAAAAUGGGAAUGACCAGAACCCUUAACUGCUUUCAAAAUGAAUGGUAUGAGUCAAUUCAGAAGGGUACAUUUGUUCCGCCAGAGGCUACAUUUGUUCCAGAUGUGUACACUCAGAAUUUGCUUUUGGACAGUGAGAACAAAAAUUUGAAGAAGGAUUUGAAGCAUUAUAAGGAAGCAGCUGAUAAAGCUAGAGAAGAUUUAUUGAAAGCUCAGAAAGAACGUGAUUUCCAUCGAAUGCACCACAAACGGAUAGUCCAGGAAAAGAACAGUCUUAUUAGUGAUCUCAAAGGGUUGAAGUUACAUUAUGCAUCAUAUGAGCCAACUAUAAGGGUGUUGCAUGACAGGCACCAUAUUUUACUGAGGCAGAAAAUGCUUACCUCCUUGGAAAGAGACAAAGCAGUUGGGCAGAUUACAGGACUUCAGACAACCUUAAGGAAUUUGGAAACAGGACAUACUCUCCAGGUUCCUGAGAUUAGAGUUGGUCACAGGUGUGAAAGAGACGAUAAGCCAGAAGGCCCAACCCAGAAAGCUCUUCGUGAAGCCAGGGAACAAGCCAAACCAAAAAUAAAAAUGAAGUCCAGUACAAAGGAUUCAGAAUUUCCCAUCAAUAUACAACCAAAUCCUAACUUAUAUUUCUACAAAGAGAAUGUUACUCCACCAAAAACUGAAUACAAACUAAGCAACAUUUUUAGACUGCAUGAGCUUCCAGUGAGCUGUGUUGCCAUACACCCUCGAAAAGAAAUCUUAAUAUCCUGUAGUGAAGAUCAUCACUGGAAGAUGGUGGGCAUCCCCAAAGGCAAUGUAAUCCUGACAGGUUGUGGUCACACUGAUUGGCUUUCUGGCUGCUGUUUCCAUCCAAGUGGAACUAAGUUGGCUACUUCCAGUGGAGAUACUACAGUGAAAUUGUGGGAUCUGGCCAAAGGUGAUUGCAUUCUGACCCUGGGAGGACAUAGUCAUGCAGUUUGGUCCUGCACAUGGCAUUCCUGUGGAGAUUUUGUGGCUUCUUCCUCAUUGGAUACAACUGGCAAAGUCUGGGAUGUUAAUAGUGAAAGAUGCAGAUAUACCUUACGUGGUCACACAGAUUCAGUCAACAGUAUUGAAUUCUUCCCUUUCUCCAACACUCUUCUCACCAGCUCUGCAGACAAAUCUCUGUCUAUUUGGGAUGCUAGAAUGGGUUGUUGUGCUCAAUCCCUCUAUGGUCACAUGCAUUCCAUAAAUGAUGCCACUUUCACGGCAAGGGGCCACAUGAUUGCUUCCUGUGACACUUGUGGUGUGACAAAAAUAUGGGACUUUCGAAAACUUCUACCAAUGGUGUCUAUUGACAUAGGCCCAAGCCCGGGCAAUGAAGUGGCCUUUGAUUCAUCAGGUCGAGUUUUAGCUCAAGCAAGCGGCAACGGGGUUAUCCAUUUGCUAGAUCUCAAAUCAGGUCAGAUUCGCAAACUGAUGGGCCAUGAGAGUGAAGCGCACAGCGUUGUGUUCUCUCACAAUGGAGAGAUCCUUUUUUCUGGGGGAGCUGACGGAACUGUUCGAACGUGGUCCUGA